GCGAGCAGGGAGAGGCGAGACAGGGGAACCACACGCACACACAGAGAAAGCGAAGGAGGCAUUCUCCGGCCGUCCUACCAGGAUGAAGUCUGCGGGCUCAGGCGUUCUCGAGCUGUUCACGGACAGCUACUGUAACACGUGUAAUGCUCAGCUCAUCUCCGAGUCGCAGAGGGUGGCCCACUACGAGAGCAAGAAACACGCCAAUAAGGUUCGCCUGUACUACAUGCUACACCCUGAAGAUGGAGGGCCCCCGUCCAAAAAACUACGACCAGACAACCCAGACAGUGAUGAUGGAGAGGUGGACAAGAACAAAUGCUGUACCCUCUGUAAUAUGUUCUUCACCUCGGCUAUUGUAGCGCAGUCGCACUACCAGGGCAAAACACAUGCCAAGCGGAUGAAGCUGGUGCUGGGAGAAGUUCUUGUACCUGCUAGGACAACAGAGGUCCCUCCUGAGCCCCUGCCUCCUGAGAUGCCCAUCUUGCCCAGCCUGGGUUCCGUCACAGAUAACGGUGACUCGGGCAAGUUCUGCCGCCUCUGCAGCUCGUGGUUCAACAACCCGAUGAUGGCUCAGCAGCACUACGAGGGCAAGAAGCACAAGAAGAACGCGGCCAGGGCCAAGCUCCUUCAGCAGCUGGGCGAGACGCUGGAUUCAGAGGCUCUACGAGCUUUGAAAAGCAGUUACACCUGCAACGUCUGCAACGUGAUCCUGAACUCGGUGGAACAGUUUCACGCGCACCUGAAGGGCUCCAAGCACCAGAGCAAGUAA